AUGGGCGAAGACCUCCAGACCGACUUCCCUUCAGCGAGAAAGCCUAGGAAUCUGGAGGUCAAGUUUAAGCAGCUUGGGCGAGGGUCAUUGAAUCCGCGCCAGGCAGAAAGGAACGAAGGGGAGGGUGGAAAAGUUGGUCGUAGAGAAGUUGAAGAGAGAAGAAGCCAAAGAGAACAACAAAUCCAGGAGGGGAACCUGGAUGGGAACCUGGAUUGGGGCUGUAUCUUAAUUACCAUACACGGUAUCACCCGUUGCCAUCCGACGGGGGCAAACCAAUCAAUGGGGUCAAUUAUUGGGGGUUGGGGAUGA